AGAGCAACUCAGUCAUCAGAAAAACUAAAAAAUACACGUGUCAGCACAAAUAAUGCAAGUCGGGAACCUUUGUGUACCGUUUGCUGUUUCUGUCCGAACAGUUAUCAUUAAAGUACCUGUCAGCCUCGAAUGUCAAGUACUGUUUGUCAUUUAACAUGCUUGCAAACAAGUUUGGCCGUACCGUGGUUAGGUUGCGUUGCUGCAACGCAGUGCCCUUAUGCGGUCUUAGCCAGAGACAUAUGGGUCGGCACCGAUCUGGUUGGGCUGUGGUGUGUCAACAGCGGACGCUGUGGCUCCAGAUGAAUGUUGCGGAGCGGACAAAACCGAAUGCUGUGCACCGUCAACUCAGUACAAGAACAUCCCAUCAAACCACAGUGGACCCUGAUGAGCUGAAAAGGUUUCGAUCACUGGCCAGCAAGUGGUGGGAUGAAAAUGGCGAGUUCAGAGCCCUUCACUCCAUGAAUGACCUGAGAGUGCCUUUCAUAAGAGAUAAUCUGCUGAAUGUGCACAAAGCACAUCAUCCUGGAAAACCACUUGCCGGACUAAGAGUUCUGGAUGUCGGCUGUGGAGGCGGCCUGCUCACUGAGCCUCUUGGUCGCCUGGGAGCCAGCGUGUUAGGUAUCGACCCAGUGGAGGAUAGCAUUGGCACGGCACAGCUGCAUUUGUCGUAUGACCCCGAUCUUGGCGAGCGGGUCGGCUAUCGGGCGUGCACCCUGGAGGAGCUGUCGGCAGAUGCGGCGGGAGGAGAGACGGACCGCGGAGACGUCCUGUUCGAUGCCAUCGUAGCGUCCGAGGUCGUGGAACAUCUGGCUGACCUGGAAACAUUUGCAAUCUGCUGCAGCCACGUGCUGAAGCCAGGCGGCUCACUCUUCAUCACCACCAUUAAUAAAACCAACCUGUCAUAUGCCUUGGCUAUUGUGGCGGCCGAGCAGCUGAUGCGUAUCGUUCCCAGGGGGACGCACGACUGGGAAAAGUUCAUCAGCCCAGUAGAUCUGGAGCGCCGUCUAGAGUCCAAUGGUUUCUCAGUGCAGUCGGUCCAAGGUAUGAUGUACAAUCCAGCAUCAGGAGGCUGGAGCUGGAUCAACAGCACUGCCAUCAAUUAUGCCCUGCACGCUGUCAAAUUGGCUGAGGAGCCUAACUCAGACCCCAAAAUGGGCAAACCGGAGAACUCCACAGCAUCACACAGCUGAGCCACUGGAUCUAGACAUUGGUCAAGUUAUUUUGAGCCAGGUGCUGGUUUGCACAUCUAAGCAGCAGACAGGUAUGCAAAUGAGUUCAUCAGAAGCAAAGCUGCAGCUCCACAUUGCAUGUGUUUGAAUGCUCAUAGCUCCUUGAGUCACUGAAUAUUCUGAACAUGAGCCAAAUAUGUUAUUUGUGUUGAGAAUGCAAACACUAAAUAGGGUUUUCUGCCACAAGCGUGAGUAUUUUUAGCGUGGAAGCAGGAAGAGGGGGAAGUCACAUGCUUGUGAGGCUUGAUAUCAUUUCACGUGCCACUAUUAUGUAAUACGACUAAAGGCAAUGGUAUAGAAUAAGUCACGUUUUGUCCGAUGUCUGAAUAGAUGUGAUGUGAUAGCUGUUUUCAAUUGCUCUAAAUGUAUUUUGUUGGAAUCCAACCUCAUACAAUGGGGAAAUUAUUAUUUCAUCCCUUCCUGAAUUGGUUUGCUCACUUUAAAAUAAGCUGUUCUGAAUCUCCAAAUUUUGUAGUUAGUUAUAGAUUAUGGUAGUUGACAGACUAUCAGUCAAAAAUGCAGAAAGAAAAUCAAAUUCAAGGCAUGGAUGCAUCUUUCAACAUGACAACCACCCAAAACCUACAUCCAGGGG